AUAAAUAAAUAAACAGGGGAGCGAGAAAUGCACGUUGUUCUUGGACGGACAAAUAAAUUGGACUGUUUGUCCAUUAUCAUCGUCUCAUUACAGACUAUCAUUGAUUUAUAGCAUAUAAUAUUAAUUAGAACGUCAAUUGUAAGUCAUUUCACAUUGUUAUCAUCGGGGAUUUAUACAGAAAUACGUCGGAGCCCCGGGAGUAACCCUUGUUAAUGAAGGCAGUUUAGUGUCUUACAGCGUAGGAGAAAUGGAAGGAUAUUCUGGGAAAGGUGUGGUCUGUGUAACUGGUGGAACAGGAUUCGUUGCCUCAUGGUUGAUUAUGAGGCUUCUUGAACAAGGUUACACUGUUCGAACCACUGUUAGAUCCAACCCUACAGAUGGUAAACAGGGCAUCGGCUAUCUCACAGAUCUACCAGGAGCGAAAGAGAGACUCCAGGUUUUUAACGCGGAUCUUGACAGACCAGACAGUUUCAACGAGGCCAUUGAAGGAUGCACAGGAGUCUUUCAUGUGGCUCAUCCAACUGGUUUUACGAAAGAAGAAGCAGAAGAAAUGGUCAUCAAGAGAGCUACUGAAGGAACCAUAGGUGUUUUGCAGGCAUGCCUAAAUUCAAAGACAGUGAAGAGAGUUGUUUACACUUCAGGUAUAUCGACUGUUUUAUUUAGUGGAAGUGGUCAACAAGUGGCGGAUGAGAGUGCAUGGACAGACAUAGAUUACUUCAGAAGUCUAAAUGUAAUUGGCAAUCCUUCCCUGAUUGCCAAGACAUAUACCGAAAGGGCAGCUCUGGAAUUUGCCGAACAACAUGGAUUGGAUCUAGUGACUUUGAUUCCUUCCCUGGUGCUCGGUCCCUUCAUUUGUCCUAAAAUCCCAAGGUCUGUGCACAUGGGACUAGCCAUGGUUCUGGGCAACAGGAAUCACUAUCGAUUCCUUAUCAAGUCGAACAUGGUACACAUAGAUGAUGUGGCUAUGGCACACAUUUUUCUGCUCGAAAAUUCUAAUGCAAAAGGGAGAUAUCUUUGUUCAUCGAACGAAGUAUCGCUCAAUGAGAUGUUUGAAUUUCUUUCUGCUAGAUACCCAGAUCUUCAAAUCCCAGCAAGAGAAUCCAUUUCAUCCUUGAAGGACAUUGAAGGUUAUAAAAUAUGUAGCCUCUCAUCCAAGAAGCUCCUGGAUUGUGGAUUCAAAUUUAAGCAUGGUCUUGGAGACAUGUUUGAUGGAGCUAUACAAUCCUGCAAGGAGAAGGGACUUUUUUAAAUAUUUCGUCAAAAAACUAUAUUAUCA